AUGACACAACUUGCAAAUGACCAAAGCACAGUUAGGGGCUUGCCCAACGAACCCAAAAGCAACACAGAUAUCGCUACUCAAACUCAACCGACGACCAACUAUUUGAGUCAUAUUCAUGAUGACCCAAAAGAAGAUGCUCCUCCAGAUGAGCUACAUCAACAGCAAGAGUGUUCAACAGAAUCUGAUAAUGAAAAGAUCUAUUCUGUACAGGAGACACCGAGCAUAAGCCUGGAAACAGCUGUAGGCCCAUCUCAUCCAAUAUAUGCCCUUUCAUCCUUUUGGGACGAAAUGGAAAAGUUAACAAUAAAUGACAUUUUACAUCUUAGAGUAGCUAAUAAAUCUCCACUGCGCAGAACUGUUAAUCCUGAAGAGAGUAGCUUGGUAGAUGACACUGCUGACUCUGAUUAUUUCACACAUUUGGAUGACUCUAAACCAGACCGCUCAAGCUGUGAAUUCUCACCUCUCUCAGAUUUUGAUGAUGAGUUCCUACAAAUAAUAAACACAAGUGCAAACCCUAGCCCUGAGCCUCAAAGUGUCAAAGAGCAGACAAACAGUAUUUUAGAGUCCAACUACAUAUCAGAACUCUUACCAGAACAAGAGCUACCCGGAGUGAACAAUGAAAGUGAAUCAGGGGACAUCAUAAUGCUGUGUCCUCAGGAUGGAAUGCCACUUUACCUGUAUCCAGCUACAGAGGCACAAGGCUUAUAUCUCACAUCUAAGGCAGCAAGUAAUGAAAAUCCCUUCGAACUUGAAGGCAUCAGGAAUACACCGUCCCCGGUUUUAUCAGUUGGCAGUACUCUAGAUGAUCAGUGCCUGUUUAGUUUCUCUGAGCUUUUUGCCAAAGACAUUGACGAACAAGGACUUCAGACAAGGACCCCAGACAGAUGCAGCUCUGUUGUCUCAUUUUAUUCCUCAAAGAAGUUGUCGGUGCCUGAGACGUAUGAUGACUUCUUCUCUGACUUUGUGGUCGGGAAUCUUCUCUUUCCUUCUGUGCAAGAUCAGACAGUUACGGUUCCCAUCUUCUCUUCCUCACGCUCAGUGGUGAGAGAUCUGGUAUUCCCUGAGGUGGAGGAGCUGAUUGAGGUGGAUAUUGAAGAUGAUAAUUCCCCAAUACGGGUCAUGACUCGCUUUAGCAAUCAGCCAAAAAGGUCUAAAAGUCCCUCGGGAACAACCAACUUUUACUUUUUCAGAGACCAGAGAAGAAACUGGAGUAGCUUUCUCUCCCUGAGAAGAAUCAGAUUUACAGAGAUAGGUAGUACAUGGUGCCAAAAAGUCAGCUCAUGGAUUUUCCAAAUAGAAGCAACAAAGGUAACAUCAUACGUCUCAAGAGCCCAGCCAAUGCCACAUCUGUUCAACAUGGGGAACAAGGCCCUGGAACCGUUUGUAGUACAGCAGGACCCACGUUCAAUAUACUGCAUCAAUCUCGAAAAGAGAGUGUCUCCACUUCUCCAUAAAGCAGUCAGAUAUGUGCCUUGUGUGUAUUGCCUUUGCUUCCUGGUUCCUUAAAUCAUACAAUCCACAAUCUACAGACAUGUGGAAAGCAGCUCUGCUAGCAAAUGUGAGUGCAAUAUCUGCCAUCCAGUACUUGCGAAAAUAUGUGAAAAAGGAUGCAACUGAGGAUGAUUCAUGAUGUCUACUCUUACAGCUUUCCAAGAAUUUCUCAGAAGGGGGCCAAUGUACAAUUAAGGGUUAAUUUUGCACAAAUUCAUUGUAACGAACAAGUAGAUAUACAUUAUUCACAUAGUAUUACAACAUAAUCCCAACAUAAUUACAUAAUUAUACAGUCCAGUUACGUUUUGUUUAAUAUACACUAUCAUUCAGAAGUUUGGAAUCACCUGUCAUAUUAAUAAUUGCUGUUGUUUUAUUCAAAUUUCACUUACAGAGUUCAGAUCGAAAUACAAAAGGCUGGACACCAAAGGAUAUAUUUAAGAUGUUUAUUUAAUAAUUAUUUGAUUAUUUAAUACUUUAUUUAUUUUCUUUAAAAUGUAAGAUUUUUGGGAACACCAGGAAGUUAUAAUAUGAUAAUUAAUAUACUGUAAUUAUCCAUCUGUAGUCAUUCUCUGAUAACCUAUCUGCCUUGAGAUUUGAUCAUUACUCUUCAGAUAUGAGGCAUUCUGCAUAUUAAUUUUAUUAUAACUCAAUGUUCUGCAGGUUUGUCUAUCAUUAUGGAAAAUACUUACAACUCUGUUUAUCAUUCUGGAUAUUUCUAGAGUUUCCCCAUUUUUACAGCUUCAUACAAAUAAGCUGAAACACACAAACCCAUGAAUAUAUAGUUUUAUGUUAUUUUUAAUAUUAUUAUUAUUAUUAGUAGUAGUAGUAGUAGUAGUAGUAGUAGUGGUGGUGGUGGUAGUUGUAGUAGUAGGAGUAGUAUAUGAUUCCAAACUUUUGAACAGAAGUGUAGUUUGAG